AUGUUGUCAUCGAAUGCUAUUAAUGACGAUAUGUCUGAGUCUAAGUCGACGGUAUUUCAGCAUUCUGUUACACCAGUAUUUCAAGAUAUGACAGAUGUUUUUUUUUCAGCAAUAAAAGAUCUUUCUCUGGGAGAAUUGGUGCAUCAUCCAUCCUUUUCCUUGGAGGAUUCGAUUAGUGCACUUGAAAUGAUGGACCCAAAAAUGGACAGUGGAUUGAAAAGUGAUGAGCCUAUUUGGGAUGUUAAUACAGAGUUAGACCCAUACAAGAUACUUGGUUUGAUGGACAAAGUGUUUGCAGCAGAGAUGUCUUGGCAAUCAGGAUAUUUUUUAUCACAGACUGUAUUUACAAAUAUAUUUAUUCAAAAAUUAUUGGAGCAUCAGGAAGUUAUUAAUAUAAAUGAUUUUUAUUUAAAAAACAGAGAAAGUCAAUCAAUUUAUAAAGAUUUAAUGGAUGUAGUUUUGUGGCCAUUUAUGAUUACUUCUAUCAAAAUGUGUGGAAUUUUAAGUGAAAUGUUUAAUAAAAACCUUCUUUAUGAGGAGGAAGAGAUAUCUUCCAAUAAUUUUGGUUUAUCUUUACUUGAGCAUAUCGAUACAAUUCAUGCCUUAAAAUUGCUGGAAUUUUCUAUAUCUUGGCUAGAUAACCAUAAUGACAAAUUUCAAAAAAAAGAACAAGAAUAUAUCAAAGCUAUCCUGCUAAGGCUAAAAAUUAGACUAGCUUUCUUACGUACUUUGGAUUCAUCCUCAGAAAUUGAUGCUAUUGACAAUUUAGAAUAUAUUGUAAACAUUAUCAGUAAAGAUAUUUCAGUUCUUGAUUUUGGUAAUGAGAUGGAUAUUUUUUUUUCUACUUCUAUUCAAGCCAGACUUUCAACAACAAUGCCCCCUAGACCCAUAAUGAUUUUCCCAAUAGAUGUUGCAUUUAAUAACUUUGAAGAUAUAUGCAGAGAUUUUCGGAAAAUACUGUUAUUAAGCACUGAAAAGGUAUCUUCUUUAACUCCUUUAAAUAUCUUGAAUUUUUUUAGAUAUUUUAGAACUAAAAAACCAAAUUCAAGUCCAUUUAUUCGAAUAAUGCUUCAAUCAAUAUUUUUUUCAAAUAAUAUGAUUUUAAAUAAAUUUCCUGUUGAUCAAUUUAUUAUCGAUUCCAUAUCCGAAAUAUAUUCUCCAGCAAAACAACUAUUUGCUGUUCUAAACCAACUAUAUGAAAUUUAUAAUGAUUUAAAACAUUCUAUUUUUGGUUCAGUAAAUAAUUUUAUUAAAACAGCUAGUAUAAUUUAUGUCAAUAUUUUUCGUAUAAUGUGUCAUAAUCCUUCACGUCAACGCCGGAAUUUUUGUAAACUUGUUUUAGAUUUAGAAUCUUUGCAAGAAGAAGCAGAAAACAUUGAUAUACAAUUACAAUCGUAUUUCUUUAAAGAAUCAAAUAUAGCAUUUAACGAUUUUUCAUUUCCAUACAUAUUUUCAUCUUGGUGUUUUUAUGAAAAAUUGCAAACAAUGAUUUUAAUUUGUUUUUUAGGAUUUGAAUUAGAACUUCAUUCUUCGCAUGAAUUAUCAUUAAUAUAUUGGUAUUUAGAUUACUUACUAAGAACAUAUUUAGCCCAUUUAAACAAAAUUGUUGUUUCCUUUGACACUUUUUUUGAAAAUAAAAUCUCAAGUAUAUGUUUUUCUGAAAAAAUAAAUAUUACUGCUUCAAAUAAUCAACAAAUAAAAUUUGACCAAGAUUGGAACAAAGGUUUACAAUUAAUGUGUAAUGCUUUUUAUAAACUUUUUUUGGUUUUAAAACAUUUUUCUUUUAUUCGCCCGCCAAAUAAACAACAAGUGCCUGAAUCUUUUAUGUAUAAACAGCGCUUUAAAUCAUUUUUACCUUUAAAAACACCAAAGUUUUUAGAUUAUGAAAUUUUUACUAAAGAAUCUGAUAUAUCAAAUAUGUCGAUUUUACAUUUGCUUGAAGAUAUAUUAGAAAAAUUUUUAAAAGCAAGAACUAUAUUUGAAAUAAUAAAAAAAUCUGAUCCUAGAAUUUCUAACACCAUUCUAUGUCAUGACGCUUUCCAGGAAGAUAUAAAAAAUAUUGUACAAUCAUGUACAGAGAAUGAGUUAAUUUGUAAAAUAAUGCUGCAAAAAGUAUCAGAAAACAUUGAUUUAUGUAAACAGGCAUUUAUUAGCAUAAAUUAUAAAUAUCAUUCAUGGUUUCCUGUAAUAUCUAUGGCAUUAAAAUCAUGA